GAUCAUCUGCAGAUCAGCUAUUAGAAAAGAGAGAUCAGCUACGUCCUUGGGACCUGAUCAACUUAAUACAGGAGCUACAACUACUUCACCUAACUCUCUCCGAAACAAUGAAAUAUACCAGUUAUUUCUUAGCUUUUCAGCUAUGCGUGAUUUUGGGUUCUUCUGGCUCUUACUGCCAGGCCCCAUUUUUUAAAGAAAUACAGAACCUAAAGGAAUAUUUUAAUGCAAGUAACCCAGAUGUAGCUGGUGGUGGGCCUCUUUUCUUAGAAAUUUUGGAGAAUUGGAAAGAUGAGAGUGACAAAAAAAUAAUUCAGAGCCAAAUCGUCUCCUUCUACUUCAAACUCUUUGAAAACUUAAAAGGUAACCAGAUCAUUCAAAGGAGCAUGGAUAUCAUCAAGCAGGACAUGUUUCAGAAGUUCUUAAAUGGCAGCUCUGAGAAACUGGAUGACUUCAAAAAGCUGAUUCAAAUUCCGGUAGAUGAUCUGCAGAUCCAGCGCAAAGCCAUAAGUGAACUCAUCAAAGUGAUGAAGGACCUGUCGCCAAGAUCUAACCUCAGAAAGCGGAGGAGAAGUCAGAAUCUGUUUCGAGGCCAGAGAGCGUCGAAAUAAUCCUGCCUGCCUGCAAUAUUUGAAUUUUUAAAUCUAAAUCUAUUUAUUAAUAUUUAAUAUUUUACAUUAUUUAUAUGGGGAAUAUAUAUUUAGACUUAUCAAUCAAAGUAUUUAUAAUAGUAACUUUUAUGUCAUGAAAAUGAGUAUCUAUUAAUUUAUGUGUUAUUUAUAAUUCCUGUAUCCUGUGACUAUUUCACUUGACCCUUUUUUUUUUCUGACUCACUAGGCAAGUCUAUGUGAUUACAAGGCUUUAUCUCAGGGACCAACUAGGCAGCUGACCUAAGCAAGACCCUGUGGGUUGUGCAUUUAUUUCACUUGAUGAUAUAAUGAAUGCUGAUAAAUGAAAUGAUGCCAUCCAGUUGCUGCCUAUUUGAGACUAUGCCUUCUGAGCCACCGCUAUGAUGGCAUGUCAGACAGCACUUGAGUGUGUCAGGCGAUAUGACUUGUCCCGUGAUAAAAACAUAGCAUCUCAUCUCAUCUCAUGCCUGGUGCUUCAGAAUAUUGCUGACAAUUGUGACUGUACCCAAAUGGAAAGUAAUAUGUUUGUUUAUCAAUAUUUAAUAUAUAUGAAUAAAGUAUAAUUUCAUAACU